CUUUGGGAAGAGCUCGAACCCAAGUGGCCCAAAGCUUUUUGGGACGAUUGGAUGAGACAACCUGAGCAGAGGAGAGAAAGGUCCUGUGUCAGGCCUGAGGUGUCCAGGACCAUGACUUUUGGUAGGAAAGGGGUGAGCCAUGGCCAGUUCUUCGACCAGUACUUGAAGUUCAUCAAACUCAACGACCGCUUCGUGCCUUUCACCCGCCUCGACCUCUCCUACCUCCAGAAGGACCGAUACGAGCGCUCCUUCCUCCCCACGGUCUACUCAGCCCCUGAGGUCAAGGUGGAGGAGCUCCAGAGCAACAGGAGGAAGGAGCUGGGCACGGUCAGGCUCCAGUACAGUGGGAGAGAUUCCUUCAAAGCCUUUGCCAAAGCUCUGGGCCUGAUGGACGACCUCAAAUCCGGGGUCCCCCGCGCCGGCUACCGCGGCAUCGUCAGCGUCGUGUACCGCGGCCGCCGCGUCUACCUGGCGCCUCCCUCGGACUGGAGGGGCUACGACCCCACCUGGAGCUGAGGGGAGCCCCCUCUCCCUCCUCUGAGUCACUUUUGGGGCUGUUUCUCUUUAUUUCAUCACUUUGGGGAGGUUUUGAGCCCAUCUGGAGUUAAUUGGAUCCCCCUCUCCCUCCUCUGGGUUGCUUUUGGGGUGUUUCUCUUCAUUUCAUCACUUUGGGGAGGUUUUGAGGCCACCUGGAGCUGAGGGGAUCCCCCCUCUCCCUCCUCAGAGUCACUUUUGGGGCUAUUUCUCUUCAUUUCACCACUUUGGGGAGGUUUUGAGCCCAUCUGGAAUCAACAGGAUCCCCCCUCUCCCUCCUUAAAGUUGUUAUUCGGGGUGUUUCUCUUUAUUUCAUCACUUUGGGGAGGUUUUGAGCCCAUCUGGAGUUAAUUGGAUCCCCCUCUCCCUCCUUUGAGUUGCUUUUGGGGUGUUUCUCUUCAUUUCACCAUUCUGGGGAGGUUUUGAGCCCGUCUGGAGUCAACAGGAUCCCCCCUCUCCCUCCUCAGAGUUGCUUUUUGGGGUGUUUCUCUUUAUUUCACCACUUUGGGGAGGUUUUGAGGCCACUUGGAGUCAACAGGAUCCCCCCUCUCCCUCCUCAGAGUUGCUUUUUGGGGUGUUUCUCUUCAUUUCAUCACUUUGGGGAUGUUUUGAGCCCAUCUGGAGCUGAGGGGAUCCCCCCUCUCCCUCCUCAGAGUUGAUUUUGGGGCUGUUUCUCUUCAUUUCAUCAUGUUGGGGAGGUUCCAACCAUGGUUACAACCCUGGGGCCACAAACCCCAUGUUUUGGGCCACAAACCCCAUGUUUUGGGUCAUAAACCCCACAUCAGCUCCUCCUGGAGUUCAUAACUCCCCCUCCCCUCCUCAGAGUCGUUUUUUGGGGGCUGCUUCUCUUUGUUUCAUGGUUUUAGGGGUGUUUUGGGGUGU